AUGUCUGACCUCUCCAAGUUCCGCCGGGCGAAGCUACUUCAUGUCUUCACUACCUUCUUCGAUGUGAACAGAAGCGGCGAAAUUGAUGAGAAAGACUUAGACAUCGCCAUCCAAAAAGUGUGCGGCGCCCGUGGUUGGAGUCAGGAGGAUCCCCACUACGAGAAGACCCGAAACACCUUGAGGACUUUGUGGACUGUCCUGACGAGCAAAGCCGACAUCGAUCACGACCGCCAGGUAUCUGUGGAGGAAUGGUACUGCGCCUGGAGGGAAGACGAGAGCGACCGCGAGUGGAGCCAUAUCUUCAGGGAUCUCAUGUUCCUUCUUGAAGACGCUUCAGGUGAUGGCCACGUUGACGCAGACGAAUACGUGGCACUGUACACGGCACUUGGUCUGCAGGAGGCACAGUGCCGAGAGGCUUUCAGACGCAUCCAGAAGGACGACGCGUCUGUGGUCACAAAGGACAAGUUCGACGUCCUGUGGGAGCAAUACUUCCACUCCGAGGACCCCAACGCCCCUGGGAACUUCAUCUUCGGCAAGUUCGAUUUCUAAGGGGAUCGUGUCGAGAGCUGGGAGGCGCCGAAUCACCGAGCGUCGCUGAGGGGGCGGCUGGCGAUGGGUUGGGGGAUGAGGACGAGGCUGGGGGUCGGCGCACGAAACGGCGGGGGAUCAAUUGUAGUGUCGUAUGCAGUGGGGAUUGUGGGUUGUUUUUGGGGCCUGUAGGACGCGAUGAUGGCUAAGGGCCACGGUCU